GAGAAAACGUAAUGCCCGAGCUGGACAUGAACGUUCUCAGUAUGCGAAGAAAAUCCGUGGUCGUAAGGCUAAAUUGUACCAUAAAAAACGUUACGCUGAAAAGGUAGAGAUGCGGCGGUUGCUGCGACAGCAUGAAGAAAAACAACAAACAGGAACAAGUGAGGAGUCUGAUAGAGGUGUAGUUCCAGCAUAUCUGCUAGAUAGACAACAACAAACAACCGGUAAUGUACUGUCAUCAGUGAUCAAACAGAAACGAAAAGAAAAAGCGGGUAAAUAUCAAGUACCUAUACCAACAGUCAAGGCAGUGAGUGAUGCGGAGGCUUUCAAAGUAGUGAAAACUGGUAAAACUCGUCGGAAAGGAUGGAAACGCAUGAUUACAAAAGUUACCUUUGUUGGUGAAUCAUUUACGAGAAAGCCGGCGAAAUUUGAACGAUUCAUUCGACCAAUGGGUUUGCGAUUUAAAAAGGCUCAUGUAACACAUCCCGAGUUGCAAACGACGUUUCAUUUACCUAUCGUUGGGGUGAAGAAAAAUCCAUCUUCUUCACUAUAUACAUCAUUGGGAGUUAUUACAAAAGGAACGAUUAUUGAAGUGAAUAUAUCGGAACUCGGUAUGGUUACUCAAGGUGGUAAAGUAGUAUGGGCAAAAUAUGCUCAAGUAACAAAUCAUCCUGAAAAUGAUGGUUGUAUUAAUGCCGUGUUGUUGUUAUGA